CGAAGGGCCCGAGCGCUGCUUGCGCGUCCGCAGCCGCUUUUCCUGCGAACUACAUUUUCUCGCGACUUCUCUCGCGCGCCGCAGCCAAAGUGUUCUUUAUGAUUUUGUUUUCCCGUUCGGCUGGAAAUACAUCACUUCGUAUUAGAAGUCAAAAUGCCAGGCCCUUUCAGUUCCGAAGACCAUAAGCUUCCCCUUCAUCAUGACCAAAUAGCGGAGAUGCAGCGGAAAAUUCAGCUGCUCGAGUGGGACAGAAAGGCAUAUUAUGAGAGCUCUCAGGCCACAAUGAAGAAGAACAAGGAGACCAUACUCCAUCUACGACAGGAGAACAAGAGACUCCGAAGGAGGUUGGCUGAGACACACACCGUGGAUGAAAAGAUUGUAAAAGAUGCAUUUCACAACAGAGGGAUGGAGAAAGCUGCCUUCAAGAAUAAAUCGGGGAAGGAAACGCUCCAGAUCCUUGAUCAGAAAGUAUGUGACAAGAUGAAGAAACUAAAUGCCCUGAAGCACCAGGCAGAGACUCGCCGACGCCACCUGGAGGAGCUACAGCUGCAGUACAACAGAGCACAGUCGGAAUGUGAGGGCGGCCAUCUUGUUGCUGAAGACAGGAAGGAAGAGGACAAGAGUGAAGGAGAGCUCACUGAGGACCAGCCCCAACAGAAAUUGCGUGUCUUGGGGAACCGUCUUGAGAAAGCUCAGCUGAAGUGUCAGGAGGCAGAGCACAUCAUGAAAGGAUAUUUAAAACUCAAGGCCCAUCUGCAGGAUGAGAGUCUAACUUACCAAUCUCACCUGGAUGCCCUGGAGGCUGAGAUCCUGAAGCAGAGACAGGAGCUGCGUGAAUUGCAGGUCAUGAACAAUGGUGCACAGCUGUCCAGGGAUAUGGCCAAGGUGGAGCUGCAGCACCAAGAGGAGUUGGUGUACAGGGAGAGGAGGGAAAGAGAAAGCAUCCUGGCCCGAUACAAGAAGCAGGCCGAGGAGUGCAAAGCUCACAUCAAGAAGCUAGAGAGAAGGGCCCAGAGGGCUACCAUGCACGCCGAUGAGCUGAGUAGCGAGGCCCAGCGCAGUGCAGUUGGUGUGGGGGAGGAGGAGAAAACCAUCUCCGCUCUAGAAGAAGCUUUCCAGUGCAUCAAGGAAGCCACUGGUGUCAGAGAUGCCCAGGAGGUGGUGGAGAGGUUUAUUGCUCAGGGGAAGACUCAGAAGCACCUGGAGAACCUGAAGGAGGAGAACGAGAGAACUCUGCAGCAGCUGAAAGAGCAACGUGACCAGCUGCAAGACCGCUUCCAGGAAAUGAAAUAUUCUGGGGAUGCCAAGCUGUCCAGUCGUCAGCAGACACUGGAAGAGUGUGAGGGCCACCUCCGGAAGGAGCGACGAAGGGAAAAAGAGGCCAGGGAGCGGUUGGAAUGGUUGACCAACAUGCUUCGGAUGGUGCGCAGUGGCGUGGAGCACCUCAGCAACAAGCUGCAGCACAUUCUGCUGACAGACUCUCCGGUGGUGGAGCUGGACCCCAGCUCUGAGGAGUAUGUGUUGGAACUGUUGGCACAGGCAGAACAGAAGCUCCUGAUCCUGCAUGAGGAGUUGCAAGGAAAGAACAUGGAUACCAUCAUGAAGGAGAUGGAGGAGGAAGAAUUCUAUACCAGCAUUGAAGGGAAGAUCCCACAGUACAACAUCCGUAUCCGACUGCCCCGGGUGGAGAGUCGGGACUCAUACGAAGAAGAGGAAAGUGAGGACAAUGAGAGCGACAUCAUCACCCGUGCUGCCCUCAAGCGCCAGUCUCAGAUAAUUAUAGAUUCUAAGACAAAGAGGAAGACACGUACCAAGAAGAAAAAGGGCAAGUUAUGACCA